ACCGCCCCGCCCGCCACCUGCGCCGCUCGCCGCCCCUGGCCCCGCGGACAGCACCCUGCCCCGGGCAGAGCCACGCCGCUGUCGCCCGCACAGCCCUCGGGGAGCAGAAGAGUCACCAUGCCGGCCCCACGCGCCGCCGCCUUCCUCCUGCUGCACCUGGUCCUGCAGCCGUGGCAGCGGCGGGCGCCCAGGCCACCCCCCAGGUGGGAUCUGAUGCCCUCUUCCGCCAUAAAGACUGAACCCAGGUGCCUGCAGCCAGUCCUGACAGAUCCCACCCUGCACGAGAUCUACCUGAUCUCCACCUUCAAGCUGCAGAGUAAGAGCUCGGCCACCAUCUUUGGCCUUUACUCCUCCAGUGACAACAGCAAAUACUUCGAAUUCACUGUGAUGGGACGCUUGAACAAAGGUAAGCCAACUCACGGGGUGUUCGCCAAGUGCCCCUUCUAG